AUGUCCCCAGCAUGCUCACUUUCCCCUGCCCUACAAAUGAGUUACAUCAUGCAAUUGACGGCCAGACUAAAACCCAUAUUAGGUAGCUAUUGCCACAUUGCAGGUAGUCUGCUUACGUUUGUGGAUGAUAUAGAAAUUCACCAAGGAACAAAAUCGCUCAAGAUACGUCUCCUACACGACAUUGAUUUGGAGUCCAUAGAAAUCAGCAAGGGCGAUGGUAAGAAUAUUCAGCUGCCACCUUUGGAAGAGGAUUCACUUUAG